AUGGCAUCCUCAUCCUCAAACUCGGCCUCAAUGGCACGCACCAACUUCGACCUGAGCAACUCCAUUAUCCCCUUGGACCCAUCAACCCUCGACUCGAUCUUCCGCUAUGACUCUGAAGAACAACGUUCAAUUCUCCGCAGCCAGCGCUGGAAGACGGAUCCGCAUUUCUUCACCAAAGUUCGAAUCUCUGCCGUAGCGCUCAUCAAAAUGGUGAUGCACGCCCGCAGUGGUGGUAUUUACGAGAUUAUGGGCUUGAUGCAAGGCAAGAUUGAUCCCGUCAACCGCACCCUUUAUGUCAUGGACUCGUUCGCGCUUCCAGUGGAGGGGACAGAGACGAGGGUUAAUGCCCAGAACGAGGCGUAUGAAUAUAUGGUCCAAUACCUGGAUCACAGUAAGGAGGUGGGAAGAAUGGAAAAUGUCGUCGGGUGGUAUCAUAGUCAUCCAGGCUACGGAUGUUGGUUGAGUGGGAUAGAUGUUAACACCCAGCGGACUAAUCAGCAGUUUCAGGAUCCGUUUGUGGCACUGGUUAUUGAUCCUAAUCGUACCAUCUCGAGUGGGAAAGUAGACAUUGGUGCGUUUAGGACCUAUCCUGAGGGGUAUACGCCACCGAACAACACAGCGGGAGGAGGAGGAGGAGGAGAUGGGGAGUAUCAAAGUAUCCCGUUGAAUAAGAUCGAGGAUUUCGGUGUGCAUGCGAGCCAAUACUACCAAUUGGAGAUCGAACAUUUUAAGUCCAGUUUGGAUGGAAAGUUGUUGGAUCUACUCUGGAACAAGUAUUGGCAGAAUACACUUUCUCAAUCCCCGUUAGUGACAAAUAGGGGGUAUACGACGGAGCAGAUUAGGGAUUUAGGGGAGAAGUUGGCUCAGACAAAUGCGGCGGUGGUUAAUAGACAGAGUAGUGGGACGAUGCCCUUCACGCCCGCUGCUGUUGGGGCCAAGGCUGGGGCUGAGGAGGGAAGUAAGAAAGCUGGAGAGGGGGGAAUGGGGGAGGGUGAGAGCGGAGGAAAGGAAAAGGAAGGAGAGGAUGCUUCAGGGUUGGUGGAUGACUUGGUGAAAAGGAGUAAAACUUCUGCUUUGGCAAGAGCCAGUAAUGAUGCGAAGAAACUGGCGAUUGAGGCUAAUCAUGGAUUGUUGGCGAAUCAGUUGAAGAAUACCUUAUUCAAUUAUCAUAAGGGUGCAGUGUCGACAGCGGAGGAGGUCGGGAAGAGUGCGGCAUGA